CAGUAACUCUCAGACUGGAGAAGAUGAAUGAUUUAAAAGAUGAGGAGGACGGCUCAGUGUCUGCAGUCCCCAGAUGUCUGUCUCUGAAGAGUGACGGGUCUAUGUACGAACCUCCAGACUUCAGUAAUGAACCUGGACCCUCAGACACAAAAAAGAAGAGCAAAACUCCUGUUUCUGUGGAGGAGCAGCGGUCCAGCUGUGCUUUGUGUCAGGACGUCCUGAAGGAUCCAGUCUCUACCAGCUGUGGACACUGGUUCUGCAGACAGUGCAUCGCCUCAUACAGGGACCAGUCUGCUUCAUCAGGAGACUCCCCCUGUCCCCAGUGUGGAAAAAGAUCCAGAACAAGACUGCAGACAGCCAGUCAGACCAGCUGUGCACACAGUCUGCAGGAGGUUUUAGAUAAACAUAGGAUCAGUCUGAAGAGGAGAUGUGAACGUGUGACUGAAGGAAGUGAAGAAACAGUGAGUAAAACCCUCCUCAACAGGAUCUACACUGAGCUCUACAUCACAGAGGGACUGAGUGAAGAGGUUAAUACUCAACAUGAGGUGAAGCAGCUUGAGACAGCUUCCAAGAAAAAGACCCUCCGUGACGCUCCAAUCAAGUGCCACGACAUCUUUAAAGCCUCACCUGACCAACAGGUGCACAUCAGAGUCGCUCUUACGGUCGGCGUCGCUGGCGUUGGAAAAACCUUCUCAGUGCAGAAGUUCACUCUGGACUGGGCAGAGGGUUUGGAAAACCAAGAUGUCAGUCUGGUGAUUCCGCUUUCGUUCAGGGAACUGAACUUGAUCAAAGCUGAGCAGCACAGUCUUCUCAGGUUGCUCCAUGUUUUCCAUCCAACCUUACAGAAGGUCACAGCAGAGACGCUCGCUGUCUGUCACGUUUUGUUCAUCUUUGACGGCCUGGAUGAAAGCAGACCUUCACUGGAUUUCCACAACAAUGAGGUUGUGUCUGAUGUCACACAGCAGUCAUCAGUCAACGUGCUGUUGACAAACCUCAUCAGGGGGAAUCUGCUUCCCUCGGCUCUCGUCUGGAUAACUUCCCGACCUGCAGCAACCAAUCAGAUCCCUCCUGCAUGUGUGGACAGGGUAACAGAAGUACGAGGCUUCACUGACGUCCAGAAGGAGGAGUACUUCAGGAGGAGAUUCAGUGAUGAAGAACGGUCCGGCAGAAUCAUCUCUCACAUCAAGACAUCCAGGAGCCUCCACAUCAUGUGUCUGAUCCCUGUCUUCUGCUGGAUCACUGCUACAGUUCUGGACCACAUGUUGACUACAGACCCAAGAGGAGAGCUGCCCCAGACCCUCACUGACAUGUACUCACACUUCCUGCUGGUUCAGACCAAGAGGAAGAAGCAGAAGUAUGAUGAGGGACAUGAGACGAGUCCACGGGAGCUGACGAAGGCUGACGGGAAACUUCUUCUGAAGCUGGGGAGGCUGGCGUUUGAACAUCUGGAGAAAGGAAACAUCAUGUUCUACCAAGAAGACCUGGAGCAGUGUGGUCUUGAUGCCACGGAGGCCUUGGUUUACUCAGGAGUUUGUACAGAGAUCUUCAAAAGAGAGAGUGUGAUCUUCGAGAAAACAGUCUACUGCUUUGUUCAUCUGAGCAUUCAGGAGUUUCUGGCUGCAGUCUACCUGUUUCACUGUUACUGCAAGAGGAACACAGAGGUACUGAAGGACUUCCUGGGGAGUGACUGGAAGAAUGACUUCCUGGGGAGUGACUGGAAGAAGGACUCAUCCCUGGAUGUCUUCCUGUCUGAAGCCAUGAAGAAAUCCCUCACAAGUAAGAAUGGCCACCUGGACCUGUUUGUCCGCUUUCUCCACGGCCUCUCUCUGGAGUCCAACCAGAGACUCUUAGGAGGCCUGCUGGGUCAGACAGACAACAGUCCAGAAAUGAUCCAGAGAGCCAUCAACACCCUGAAGGAGAUGAGCAGUGAAGAUACCUCUCCUGACAGAAGCAUCAACAUCUUCCACUGUCUGACAGAGAUGAAGGACCACUCAGUACAUCAGGAGAUCCAAGAGUUCCUGCAGUCAGAGAACAGAUCAGAGAAGAAACUAUCUGAGAUCCAGUGCUCAGCUCUGGCUCACAUGCUGCAGAUGUCAGAGGAGGUUCUGGAUGAGUUGGACCUGAAGAAGUACAACACGUCAACGGAGGGACGACACAGACUGAUUCCAGCUGUGAGGAACUGCAGAAAGGCUUUACUUUAUGAAUGUUACAUCUCAGAGACUGAUUGUGAAGUCGUGGCCUCAGCUCUGAAGUCCAACCCCUCCCAUCUGAGAGAGCUGCACCUGUAUAUAACAUCACUGAAGGAUUCAGGAUUGAAGCUGCUGUCUGCUGGACUGCAGAGUCCAAACUGUAGACUGGAGACGCUGAGAUUGAGGGGCUACAGUCUGUCAGAGAUCAGCUGGGCUUCUCUGUUCUCAGCUCUGAAGUCCAACCCCCCCCUCCUGAGAGAGCUGGAGCUGAGUUACAACAAGCUGCAGGAUUCAACAGUGAAGCUGCUGUGUGACCUUCUGGAGAGUCCAGACUGCAGACUGGAGACUCUCAGAUUGAGGAGCGACAGUCUGUCAGAGAUCAGCUGGGCUUCUCUGGUCUCAGCUCUGAAGUCCAACCCCUCCCAUCUGAGAGAGCUGGACCUGAGGGACACCAAGCUGCAGGAUUCAUUAGUGAAGCUGCUGCGUGACCUUCUGGAGAGUCCAGACUGCAGACUGGAGACUCUCAGGAUCAAUAAGAAGUUGAUCACAGCUGAGAAACACACAACAUAGGACUCCAUCAAACUGGAUGUGUGAACAAACCUGCCCGAGGAAGACAGCAAGGUGAAAGAGGAGCAGCUGCACGGUGUGAAGUAUAUUUAUGGAGCUUCACCACAGAAUCAAAUGUAGUUAUUGGUAAUUGUUUGCCUGGGACCGACCUGCAGGCUCAGCUUGUAUUAGCUCAGAUCAACUGGUCCUCCUGCUGGAGAGACGAGUGGAAGAUGGAGCAGUUCAUAUCUAAAUAUAUAUAUAUAUAUAAUUAACUUGGGUUACUUAAAUAUAUUUCUUAAAGCUUAAAGUGCAUCAACCUGUUCACCUUUCAUAAGUUCUCUUGCUGGAGUUCUGAUAUACACUUGUACUUGUUUAAACUUCAUCAGACUUCUUGUUUUUGAUACUCAUCGUCGCAUCUUAAACAUUAUUCUUCAUUUCUACAUUAAACUGCGUAUUAGUGGAAGUACUUUGUGAUUUGAAGAGAACAUUUAGUUCUCAAAGAGGAGACAACUCCUGAUGAUGUCAUCAAGAGAAAAGGAAUAGAAGGGAUUUUAUUUGUAUCUUUUAUCAUUUAGUUUGUAAGUUUUAUGCAUUAUGAGAACAUUGUGUUAAGAUGUUCCUUUGUUAUGGUUUGUAACUAUAAAAAUCGCCAAAAGAUAUUCUCUUCUUAUAAAUAUAUGAAAUU